AUGUCCAACAUCUCAAUAAUGGCAUUGCUUCUGCAGCUGUUUCUUCUUCUGUCUCUUCCACUCAUCUACCUUCUUCUCAAACUUACCAAAAACAGAUCAAGAUUCACUCCACCAGGCCCUGUUGGACUACCCUUCAUCGGAAACUUGCAUCAGAUAAAUCACUCAAACCUCCAUACUUCCCUAUGGCAACUCUCCAAAUCCUACGGACCAAUCGUAUCCCUCCAGUUGGGAUUCAUCCCAGCUGUCGUUGUUUCUUCAGCGAGUCUAGUGAAAGAAGUAUUGAAAACCCAAGAUAUCAUCUUUUGCAAUAGGCCUUCAUUGAUUGGCCAACAAAAGGUAUCUUACAAUGGCCUCGAAGUCAUUUUUUCACCCUGCAACGAGUAUUGGAGAGAGAUGAGAAAGGUCUUUAUGGUUAACUUGUUAGGACCUAAGAAAGUUGAACGUUUUAGGUAUAUUCGAGAAGACGAGGUCUCCAGUACCAUGACCAAGAUACAUGAGCUGACUCAGUCGUCAAAGCCCGUAAACUUGAGCGAACUCAUGAAGAGUGUAGCGAGUAGUAUAAUGAUGAGAUUGGCUUUUAGUAGGAGGUAUAAAGAUGAAGAUGAAAGAGAGGAGGUUCCUCGACUACUUACUGAAGUUCAGGCAAUGAUGGCGGAUUUCUUCGUUUCAGAUAUUUUGCCAGAACUCAUUGAGGAACACCUCAGCUCUCAAAACCCAAAGUCGCUUGAUAAAGAAGAGGAUUUUAUUGAUAUUUUACUACGACUCAAAGAAGACCAAUCCCUAAACCUCACGUACGCUCACAUUAAAGCCUUGCUCAUGGAUAUACUGGUGGCUGGAACAGAUACUAGUACGGCUACAGUGGUUUGGGCAAUGACAGCGCUCAUAAAGAACCCGAAAGUAAUGAAGAAAGCACAAGAAGAAGUCAGAGAAGUCGUUGGAAAGAAGGGUAAAGUUGAUGAAGAUGAUCUUUCAAAACUUACCUAUUUGAAAGCAGUUGUAAAAGAGAUCUUUAGGUUAUAUCCUCCGGUUCCACUUCUAGUACCACGCGAAACAACAAAAGAUACCAUUUUACAUGGCUACAAAAUCAAAGCGAAAACCCUUGUAUUUGUUAAUGUGUUGGCUAUCGGAAGGGAUCCUGAAUCUUGGGAGAGCCCAGAGGAGUUCUUGCCGGAGAGGUUUUUGGGAAGCAAUAUCGACUUUAAAGGGAAUGAUUUCGAGUUAAUUCCCUUUGGAGCUGGCAGAAGAAUCUGUCCAGGAAUCUCAAUGGGAGUCGUCAUGGUUGAUCUUUUGCUUGCUAAUCUUGUUUACUUGUUUGAUUGGGGGUUGCCCAAUGGUAUGAAGAAGGAAGAUAUAGAUUUUGAUGUUAACCCUGGGAUAACCAUGCACAAGAGGAAUGAUCUUUGCCUUAUGGCUCAUACGUACUUGUAAAAGAAGAUUAAUUAUCCAUAUAUUUAGGGUGUUUUUAAUGUUAUCUUACUAAAGGCUUGCUAAUGUUCUUAUAUAUGUCUAUCAUUGUUUUCUAAUAGUUUCUCAAUUUUUGUGGAUCUAUGAAGUAAGUUUAGGUGCUAUAUGAUAGCUUUCGGAUAGAACCAUCAACAUGUUCUGAAUUGAUCGACAUCCAUUACCCGACAGACCUCUGCAUGAAUGAAUGAAAAUCAUCUAAACAAAUUUUGAACCGUUAAAGAAUCCUAUCUUCUCUAGACCAUUGAGAGAUUUGAAUCAUUUAACAAUAAAUGGUUUUUAUCCUUAGAUUAUAUUUUGUAUAAAUUUUAUUAAAUAAUG